AUGAAAGACCCCGUAGACGGCCAAGAAUCUCAUGACGAUAAAGAUUCUGGCGAUGACCAAGAACGCCGAAAUAAAGCGCAGAUAGUCACAAAACUUUGGGAGUCUACUAAUCAGAUGCCUCUCGGUUCAGAUGAUCCCUGGCCAAUACUUCGAGUUAAUCAACUCUGGGUUUGGACAAUCAAUGACAAAAAAAUAUGGGUUGAUGGUUUCAUUGAGUAUCUCAGCAAGCAAGCAGAGUCUAGGGAAGCCCAGUCACAACCAGCCUCAACUGAAGAGAUGAUGAAAGCUAUGGUUGACUAUUGCAUUGGUUUCUAUGAGAGGAGGCGACAACCUGCAGAAUCAAGACACCAUGACAAGCAAGAGAAAGGCCAGAACGACCAUCAGAGGCAUAUGCUGUCAAUUCGCCAACAGUUUUCGCAGUACAUAAGCCAUGUAAGACUUAACGAAACAGACCUCUUUGACAAUUUUAGAAAGUUGGUCAAAACUCAACAAAAAUCUACUUCGGGAAUUAUAAAACUCAAAGACCAAAAUUACGGAGCACAAAUGUUAUUCAUGGAGGUUAUAGAGACACGUGAGGAGCUAAACAUUCUGAAAUCAAUUGCAAAGUAUCAGGAAAUAGUUCAAGAAAAGAUGCUGGGAAAAAAACAUUGUGCAGAGUUGGGCCUGACAGCAAGUUAUGUGGUCAGCGACAUUGAGGAGAUGGAGAAGCUCGUGGAAAAGAUACACUCUGCUGUAUGUUGCCCCAUUGCUUGA